UCACCCAGUAAUAUCCGGGCAACGGCCAAAUCGCCACAGCACUUGAAUGACUUGUCGCCUUGUACGGAGUACAGUAUUCGUAAAUAACGGUUGCGUACUAGGAGAUUUUGUCGCUGAGUCGGUGAGGCAAAUGUCGCCAGAAGUUGAGGCAAUACGUCCUCCGUACUCCAUACCGAACUGACUUUUGAUAUGGGAUGGAUGCGAGUAUGGUUGACUUUAGCGACGAAUGGGCCUCGUGGCAGAUUAGCAAGUAUUGUAAUUCUCGCCGCAGCUGCAAAUCCAGGUCCCAGCCUUAAUACAACAUCGCAUACGCUACCUUGGCUGCCUACAUUCCCCCCCGCCGCACACAAAGAGGCUCAAUCGCUGCCCGGGAGCUUCCAGAGCCAUCAUGUCCACCGAGUCUCUCGCACAGGAGCAUCAUCUCCAGCAUUGGGUACGAGCCCGAAUACUGUACAUACGAGGACCCAUGCCUGCAGCGCCCCACCUCUUUUUUACUUCUUCACUGCAUCUCUCUCGCAGCUGCAUUUCCAGUGGCACGCUAAAGCAACCCCCGGGCAUCCUCUGAGACCAUACAGUGCGAGCUCGUCAUGUCUUUUUCGUCUGGACUUUUUGCUUCCUUCGUGGAGGCAAGACGUGCAGCAAUUGACUAAUCCGGGAGAACACGAACAACCUGAAGCAAAGAGGCUUUUUGAAGCCGUUUUGACUACCCCCUUUCUCUUCUUUUUUGUGGUGCUGGUGUUGAUAUGAGGACAAAACACUCGAGCUUCUGAACGCGUGGCUAAUGUACUGCUGCCGCAUUCAUCCUGGGCCCCUGAGCUCGCCACAUCCAGAUGCCCGUGCGAAAACUGUACUGUACU